AUGUCUCCCAAGGGCUUAGGCUGGAUCAUCGUCGACAGUCUGGACACGAUGAUGCUCAUGAAUCUUACCCAGCCCUUAGCCGACGCCCGGAGAUGGCUGCACCGCAGCUUAACCUGGGACCAAGACCAAGACAUAAACACAUUCGAGACUACGAUCCGCAUGAUGGGCGGUCUCCUUUCAGCACACUACCUCUCAACGCAGCUGCCGCACGCCGCAUUCAACAUAGACUCUGUCUACCUCUCCAAGGCGAUCGACUUGGCGGACCGGCUCCUGGUUGCAUUUGAUUCCGAUUCCGGGAUCCCGUAUGCAAGUGUCAACAUUGGCAAGAGGCAAGGCAUCGUCUCGCAUGCGGAUGGUGGGGCUUCCUCCACGGCGGAGGCUGCUACUGUGCAGCUCGAGAUGAAGUACCUUUCCCAUUUGACUGGGAAUGAUAUUUACUGGCAAAAGGCAGAGCGUGUCAUGAAGGUGCUGGAUGACCAGAAGAUGGAGGGCGGUCUACUUCCCAUUUUUGUGCACCCGAGCCACGGGCGUUUCACGACGAGGGAAAUACGGCUUGGAAGCCGAGGCGACUCGUACUAUGAAUAUCUUGCGAAGCAGUACCUCCAGACGGGCGAAGUCAUCUACCGUGACAUGUGGGAAGACGCAUUAGGCGGCAUCGCGAAACAUCUCGUCACAACAACGCGGAACGCAGCCCUGAAAUUUGUUGCGGAGCUUCCUACUGGUGUAGGAGGAGCGCUUUCUCCCAAGAUGGACCAUCUCGUCUGCUUCCUUCCUGGCACAAUCGCCAUGGCUGCGACAGAAGGACGCCCCCUAGCGGAAGCCCGCCGUGACCCGGACUGGACUCCUCAGCAUGAAGACGACAUUGAACUCGCCAUGGAGAUCAUGAACACCUGCUGGGGCAUGUACGCCGUCACAGACACCGGUCUCGCCCCCGAGAUUGCAUGGUUCAACGCCACCGAGGCGGACUUGCAGCCUGGACCCGGCGAUAGGUGGCUACGGAAAGAAAGCAGUGCGUUGUCGAAAUGGAAAAAGGAUUUCAUCAUUAAGCCUCUCGACGCUCAUAACCUGCAAAGACCCGAGACAGUAGAGAGCCUGUUCAUGAUGUACCGUAUUACCGGCAACGCCAUGUACCGGGAAUGGGGCUGGAAGAUUUUCCAGUCGUUCCAGGAACACACCUUGGUGCUCGAUGGGGAGGGGUACACUAGCCUGAAUGAUGUGCGGACGGUGCCCGCAGCAACGAGGGACAACAUGGAGAGCUUUUGGCUGGCCGAAACUCUGAAGUACUUCUACUUGCUUUUCUCGCCGACAGACUACAUGCCCUUGACCGAGGUCGUCUUCAACACAGAGGCGCAUCCUCUGCCUAGGUUCACGCCCAAAGGCUCUUUGAAGACUGGUUGGGCAAGACUACCGCGCUGA